AAUAUUCAAACAAAGUUAAACUAAUUUGCCAUUUCAAUGCUGUGCGCAAUUCAAUGAAUUGACAGGUUGCAACGGCUGCUGAGUAACUAUGCCAAGCCAAAUGACAUCAAUAUAUCCAAGGCGAAUUGGUCAGCGGGGUGGAUCCGCACAGCUUUGGAGACCCAUUUUCGACCAUAUUUGAGAGCUCGAAUUCAAAUGCGCGCCAUUUUGGCAAAGCUUUAGCAAGUUGGCAGGCCAAACUUGCGCGUGCCUACUUUAAAUUGAUGCAGGAUGCUCAACCCUAAUAUCCACUAGGAUCCAGCAGCCUGUCACUUUGUGCGCCGUUGCUGUGCCAGUUGAGAAAUACAAUCGAAUGUGCGUGCAUUGCGAGCGGAACAAUAGAGCUUAAAUGAGAUGAAAUUAUUGUAGUGAAAAUUUGUGUAAUUAAGAUAAGAGCAAAGUUAAUCACAAAUUAAUGGGAUGAGCGUCCUGAGCGCAAUUGCAGCGUAACUAAGGCCGAAGGACAUUGCAACGACGACGACGUCAACGAGGAUGUUGCUAUAUGUACAUAGCAACAACAACAACAACAUCGCAACUAUUGCGUUUACAUUCCACAGCAACAGCAUCCUUGAAAGCGUAGUUGCCAGAAUCCGUAAUACCUUUGCGGCUGUUUACGCUUACCGUUCCAGCAACUGAUGAUGCACAGCGUGACGAUGAUGGUGACGCUGAUGAUGCAGUUACCAAUGCAGCUGUUCUGUUAUAAAUAACACAAGGACAUGGAUGGGCGCAACGAACGCGAACGCAACGAGGACAAAGGCACAGGCAACAGCAACGGCAUGUGUGACAAAAAUAAAUGCAGCUACUAUGUGCAACAACAUUCGCGAGUGUUACUAAAAUUAGAAUACUCAUAGCUCAUAUUUUUGUGUGUCCGUGUCCGUGUCUGUGUGCGUGUGUGUGUGUGUGAGUGUGUUAGUGUCUUAUAUGUGUCUGUGUUAUAUCAGAGUUAAUGCAAUUGCACUCUCGCGUGAAUGAACAAGUGACAAUUAAGUGAAUUUCUCAGAUAAUUGUCCUGUGCGCCAAAAAGUAGGCAACAAAACUAACAACUGAGCGACAGAGACUACAACGACGACGCACACACACACAAGACUUUGAUUAGCGCGCGUGUGUGUGUGUGUCACAGUGGGAGAGAGUAGGGGGGAGUGCAAGUGAAUGUUGCAAGUGGCCAAGGUGCUCUAGGUGUCGAGCUACGAGUGUGUGUGUGUAAGUUACUGUGCUUAACCUGAUUUUCGAAAGUUUGUCCUUUCCACGGCAAAGGCGAGACACGCACAACCAAACGACAAAACACACACACAUAUGGAAGACGGCAGCCGAAUUCGUCACAACAGCAAUAAACCGUACAACCGCAAGAGGAGACGCCGCCAGCAGCAGCAGCAGCAGCAGUCUGGAGACAGACAGUCUUAUUUAGUGAACGGAAUGCAUGUUUCUAGCCAAUAACCUCGCCUAAAUGAAGCAUGAAGAAACAAAAUGUGCGCACGAUAUCCCUGAUCGUGUGUACAUUUACAUAUUUACUGGUGGGUGCCGCCGUCUUUGAUGCCCUCGAAUCGGAGACGGAGAAGCGACGCUGGGAGGCCUUGCAAGGUGUCGAGGAUAGGAUAAUACGCAAAUAUAAUAUAUCACAAGAGGAUUUCAAAGUCAUGGAGACGGUGGUCCUCAAAUCGGAGCCGCACAAGGCCGGCCAACAAUGGAAGUUCACUGGUGCAUUUUAUUAUGCAACAACAGUGCUAACUACAAUUGGUUAUGGACACUCAACGCCAACGACCCGUGGAGGAAAGCUGUUUACAAUGUGCUAUGCAAUUGUUGGAAUACCCUUGGGUCUCGUCAUGUUUCAGAGCAUCGGAGAAAGAGUGAAUAGACUGAGCAGUUAUAUUAUCAAAGCGGUGCGAACAUCGCUGCGCUGCAAACGAACCAUUGCCUCGGAGGUGGAUUUGAUAUGCGUUGUGACGACGCUCAGUUCACUGACGAUUGCGGGUGGUGCUGCGGCUUUUUCAAAAUUUGAGGGCUGGAGCUACUUCGAUUCAGUAUAUUACUGUUUUAUUACUUUAACCACAAUAGGCUUUGGCGAUAUGGUCGCAUUACAAAAGGACAAUGCGCUAAAUCGAAAACCCGAAUAUGUUAUGUUUGCACUGAUAUUUAUACUAUUCGGACUGGCAAUUGUUGCCGCCUCACUGAACUUGUUAGUACUAAGGUUUGUUACAAUGAAUACCGAGGAUGAGAGACGCGACGAGGCCCAAGCCAUGCAGUUUAUGACCAAGUCCAGUUUAUGGACCAAUGAGGCACUACAAGUGGCUGUCAAACUGGAGGGCGAUGUGAUAACAUCCAAUGGUUCCAUCAUGAGUGGCUACGAAGGACAGGACGGACAAUCCUUCGACGACACGAACACAUCAAGUUUCUCAUGCCGUUGUAUUUGUCUGAAAGGAAACCGGCACAAAAAACAUAACAACGCGACGAGUGACAACGUUGCAGAACACCAAUACAAGAUGCGCCGUUCGCCAACGCAUAUACGUCACCUGCUGCCGGAGGUGGUGCCCAUGCAGGAUUUAAACUAUGAUACGCAGAGCAUGCACACCCUGGGCGCCCUCAAUGGCAGUGGCAUCAUUAGCGGUAGUCACAUGGGCGUAGGAAUGGGCCUCGAUGUUGUCGAUGAUACGGAGAAUCGGUCGCCAAUGCAGCGGCCACAGAAAUUGCUCAAGCGCAAUGUAUCACUUUUAUCGUUUCGUAUUUAGGAGCUAAUAAGGUUGGAGCAGCAGGAGCAGCAGUAGCAGGAACAACGAAUGCGACCACACCCACUCAUGGUAGUAGACGCCCCUUGACCUGCCCUCCACAAAAACGACUUAAAAAUUAAAGUGAUAAUCUGUCUCUGAUACAUACAUAGUACAUACUUAAACCUAAUGGAAUUUGAAACUGAAUGGUAGUGAAUAAUUAAUUGGAUUGAAAUGUGCAAUUCAUGUGCGUUCGCGAAAUAAUAUUUAUGUGCAUUUACAAUGUAAAUUAGUGCAUAAAUAGAUACACAAAUCUAUAUAUACAUAUAUGGAUAUAUUUAUAAUAUGUAGUAAGCAUUCUAGAGAUAAUAUCUAACUACCUAUGUAUGUAUAUCUAUAAUACUGGACUAGGGCACUACAAAAAUUGAUCUACACCACUGCCAUUCCCGAGAGCUAGAAACAUGUCAUAAGAGAGACUUUCUGUUUCUCUUACUUUAUCCCUAACUUUCUCUCUCUCUCUCCCACUCUCGAUUUUUAUUAACAACCACUGAGAUUUAUCAGUAUCGAAAGUAUAGCGAGAUACACCAAACUAGGACUACAGACUACUUCCAGACAGCACUUUACAGCCAUAUAUAUACAUACAUAGUACAUGCUCCACUAAACAGAAGAAGAAAAAUAGAUUAAGCAUUACAGAUUCCAGAUUAGCAAGGCAGCCAUUUCAAAAUCAAUUAUGUAAAUAUUUAAUAUAUCUUAGUAUUUUGAUUGAAACAUAGCCCAUUUUAUUCAUAUUAUUCUUAUGAUUAUGCAUUACGACGUAUGAAAUUGCAAGCGGGGAUAUUAGUUUUAUAAUAUUAUACUUAAUACUAAAACGUCAGAAAUAUAUUUAGAGCCAAAUACUUGUCUUACCAAGUGCUCAAUUGUCUCCAAAGAGUGCCAAAUAUAUUAAUAUAACAAUACAAGGCAGUGAGCAUUACUAUGCCCACAUACAUAUACACAUUCAUACACAAAUACACGUACAUACAUACAUACAUAUAGCCCGCCACUUGCAGUCCUAAAUAUUAGUCACUGACCCCAAACCCUUAAUCGCAUUUAGGCGAAUCAGCGCAAACGAUUGCAUUUGGUUUUAAUUUAGUACUAGAUAAUUCCACAACAAAUUACGGAACUUUUGUGAGAACGAGAUUCUUCCAUUUUAUAAAUACUAAUUUCUAUGUAUUACAAUAUUAAGAAUCGCCAUUGCUCACUAGAGAUUAGAUAACGCUUUCAAAUGCCCGAAGAAUUCCCAUGUGCUUUGUAAAUAUUUUAGUAAAUAAUCGUAAUAAUUGCAAAUAUACUUUCGUAAAUAUUGUUAAAAGGCAGAGGCAUAGUUAUGUACAUUUAAUUCUGUAUUAUCAACAAAAAAAAAAAACAAAAGAACAACAAAAACAAAAUAUAUUUAACGUACGACUUUUUAAUAUGCAAUUUAUUUCAAAUUUUUUAGUAGUUAUUGUAUGUGUUGAAGCAAUUUCAC